AGGUAAGCAUUCAUCGUGUAUGAAUGAUGUGUGAGAAACUGUUUAAAGAAAUAUUUUAAGGUCCAAUUAAAAUUGAUGAAUGUGCACUCGAUGGUCAGUUCAUCCGAUUGGCGAAUACAUCAAAAGACAAAGACAUCGAUGUCUCUAAUUGGCUUUUGGUACGUAAAGUCGAAGAUCACGAAGACAUAAAUUACUACAUUCCAUCAAAUGUCAGAAUAUAUCGUGGUCAGACGAUCAAGAUACUCACUCGGUUAUCACAGGCUAAUCGAGCUGCUCAUGAUCUAGUCAAUAUGGAAAUCGAUUCAUGGGGUCUCGGAAUGAAUAUUACCACAAGACUGUUCAACGACGAUGAAGAAGAACGAGCAAGUCAUAUUCAGAGAACGGGUUAUCCAUCCAGUCGCUAG